AAACCUACAUGUCAUCAAGAAACAUCAGAUGUUUGUUGGAAUCCUCAAAAGUUCUAAACUCUUCGUACAAAAACAGGAACAACGUGAACUACUUGACAAAAAUGGGGAUUGCAAUAGAGUUUUGGUCUAUGGAACCGACUUGAGACACAAAAAACUAUUUUUGUUGAGCCACGACGAAAAAACGAAUUUACAGAGGCAAUGGAAGGAUUUUAUGAAAACGUUCGCAACCCAUGCAGAGAACAAGCGUGCUGUUUCUUGUCGUUUGCCAAAGAAAGACCGAAAAUAUGUGUGCCAGGAUCAGGUGACCAGCUGUGCAUUCACCCCCAGGUUCUUGAACAAGAAACACACACGGCCAAGAGGCAUUUGUGCCAUACAAAGGUGUUAUCAUGCAAAGACGUGUCAUUAAUAUAAUUUGCUGCAACAAGCGAUAUACCAGUGGAACUUCAAAAUGCACAUGUCAUCAAGAAACAUCAGAUGUUUGUUUGAAUCCUCAAAACAGUACCCGACUCCGCAGUUUUAAAUUCUUCGUACGAAAACAAGUAGAAAUUUUGUAAUAUAUUUUGAAAGGAGAGUCUCUAACCCCUCUUCUUUUCUGGAUUACUACUAUUUUUAAGCGGUGUACAUGCUAUAAUACCACUACAC